AUGGAUAACCUAGACAGUUUUUUGGAGGAACAGAUAACCAAAGUGGCUAAAGAGAGGGCAUGUUUGGAAGAGGAGGAUCCACCUUACAUGACAAUCAAGGUGUGUAAUGGUUCCAAUGUAAUAAUGAGAAAUGGCUGCAAACUCCAAAUGUUUGGCCAAAUGUUAGUUUCAUGUUAAAUGCUUGCCUCAAAUGUUGUCAAUGAUUUUAUAACAUAAAUGAUUGAAGUAAAUGGCCAAUGUGAUCUUUAUUUUGCCACUGCAACAGACAAAGGCAGACAAUGUAAACUCUGUAAAGGAGAACGCUGCUCCAUUUGACUGGGCAUCAACUCAGAGAAGACUUCCAAACCCUGGCAGAGGUACAGUGCAGCCUAUGUUUCUAUGACCACCACCAUCAUCAUGAAUUGUCAUGGGGCAAGGUGUGGUUUGUUGUCUGUCUGUGGAAUUGGUAGUGAUAUGCAGCACUAGCUAAUGUUUAACGUCUGUUUUUUUUUCCAGAGGAGAGUUCAGGAUUAAGUUUGCAGUUGGGAGCAGAAUAUGAGCAGAAGAAGCAAAAACUUCAGCAAGAGCUUCGUUUGGACUACAGAAGAUAUGUGGCUCAGGUUUGCAGUAGUUAUUAUUAUAAUACUUUUUUUAUUUCACCUUUAUUUAACCAGGUAAGCCAGUUGAGAACAAGUUCUCAUUUACAACUGCGACCUGGCCAAGAUAAAGCAAAGCAGUGCGAUAAAAAACAACAGAGUUACAUAUGGGGUAAACAAAACAUAAAGUCAAAAAUACAACAGAAAAUAUAUAUACAGUGUGUGCGAAUGUAGUAAGUUAUGGAGGUAAGGCAAUAAAUAGGCCAUAGUGCAAAAUAGUUACAAUUUCGUAUUAACACUGGAACGAUAGAUGUGCAAAUAGAGAUACGGGGUGCAAAUUAGCAAAAUAAAUAACAAUAUGGGGCUGAGGUAGUUGGGUGGGCUAAUUUCAGAAUGGCUGUGUACAGGUGCAGUGAUCGGUAAGCUGCUCUGACAACUGACGCUUAAAGUUAGUGAGGGAGAUAAGAGUCUCCAGCUUCAGAGAUUUUUGCAGUUCGUUCCAGUCAUUGGCAACAGAGAACUGGAAGGAAUGGCGGCCAAAGGAGGUGUUGGCUUUGGGGAUGACCAGUGAGAGAUACCUGCUGGAGCGCAGACUACGGGUGGGUGUUGCUAUGGUGACCAGUGAGCUAAGAUAAGACAAGGAUUUGUCUAGCAGUGAUUUAUAGAUGACCUGGAGCCAGUGGGUUUGGCGACGAAUAUGUAGUGAGGGCCAGCCAACAAGAGCGUACAGGUCACAAUGGUGGGUAGUAUAUGGGGCUUUGGUGACAAAACGGAUGGCACUGUGAUAGACUACAUCCAAUUUGCUGAGUAGAGUGUUGGAGGCUAUUUUGUAAAUGACAUCGCCGAAGUCAAGGAUCGGUAGGAUAGUCAGUUUUACGAUUGCAUGUUUGGCAGCAUGAGUGAAGGAGGCUUUGUUGCGAAAUAGGAAGCCGAUUCUAGAUUUAACUUUUGAUUGGAGAUGCUUAAUGUGAGUCUGGAAGGAGAGUUUACAGUCUAACCAGACACCUAGGUAUUUGUAGUUGUCCACAUACUCUAGGUCAGACCUGCCAAGAGUAGUGAUUCUAGUCGGGUGGGCGGGUGCAAGUAGCGUUCGGUUGAAGAGCAUGCAUUUAGUUUUACUAGUGUUUAAGAGCAGUUGGAGGCUACGGAAGGAGUGUUGUAUGGCGUUGAAGCUCGUUUGGAGGUUUGUUAACACAGUGUCCAAUGAAGUGCCAGAUGUAUACAAAAUGGUGUCGUCCGCAUAGAGGUGGAUCCGAGCGUCACCAGCAGCAAGAGCGACAUCAUUGAUAUACACAGAGAAUAGAGUCGGCCCGAGAAUUGAACCCUGUGGCACCCCCAUAGAGACGGCCAGAGGUCCAGACAACAGGCCCUCCGAUUUGACACAUUGAACUCUAUCUGAGAAGUAGUUGGUGAACCAGGCGAGGCAGUCAUUAGAGAAACCAAGGCUAUUUAGUCUGCCAAUAAGAAUGCGGUGGUUGACAGAGUCGAAAGCCUUGGCCAGGUCGAUGAAGACGGCUGCGCAGUACUGUAUUUUAUCGAUCUCUGUUAUAAUAUAGUUUAGGACCUUGAGCGUGGCUGAGGUGCACCCAUGACCAGCUCGGAAACCGGAUUGCAUAGCGGAGAAGGUACGGUGGGAUUCGAAAUGGUCUGUGAUCUGUUUGUUAACUUGGCUUUCAAAUACUUUCGAAAGGCAGGGCAGUAUGGAUAUACAGUGGGGAGAACAAGUAUUUGAUACACUGCCGAUUUUGCAGGUUUUCCUACCUACAUAGCAUGUAGAGGUCUGUAAUUUUUAUCAUAGGUACACUUCAACUGUGAGAGACGGAAUCUAAAACAAAAAUCCAGAAAAUCACAUUGUAUGAUUUUUAAGUAAUUCAUUUGCAUUUUAUUGCAUGACAUAAGUAUUUGAUCACCUACCAACCAGUAAGAAUUCCGACUCUCACAGACCUGUUAGUUUUUCUUUAAGAAGUCCUUCAGGUUAUGGGGCUGUCGCUGGGCAAUACGGACUUUCAGUUCCCUCCAAAGAUUUUCUAUUGGGUUCAGGUCUGGAGACUGGCUAGGCCACUCCAGGACCUUGAGAUGCUCUUACGGAGCCACUCCUUAGUUGCCCUGGCUGUGUGUGUUUCGGGUCUUUUGUCAUGCUGGAAGACCCAGCCACGACCCAUCUUCAAUGCUCUUACUGAGGGAAGGAGGUGUUGGCCAAGAUCUUGCGAUACAUGGCCCCAUCCAUCCUCCUCAAUAUGGUGCAGUCGUCCUGUCCCCUUUGCAGAAAGCAUCCCCAAAGAAUGAUGUUUCCACCUCCAUGCUUCACGGUUGGGAUGGUGUUCUUGGAGUUGUACUCAUCCUUCUUCUUCCUCCAAACACGGCGAGUGGAAUUUAGACCAAAAGCUAUAUUUUUGUCUCAUCAGACCACAUGACCUUCUCCCAUUCCUCUCUGGAUCAUCCAGUGGUCAUUGGCAACUUCAGACGGACCUUGCGUGCGCUGCAGGAUUUUAAUCCAUGACGGCGUAGUGUGUUACUAAUGGUUUUCUUUGAGACUGUUGUCCCAGCUCUCUUCAGGUCCUGCCGUGUAGUUCUGGGCUGAUCCCUCACCUUCCUCAUGAUCAUUGAUGCCCCACGAGGUGAGAUCUUGCAUGGAGCCCCAGACCGAAGGUGAUUGACCGUAAUCUUGAACUUCUUCCAUUUUCUAAUAAUUGCGCCAACAGUUGUUGCCUUCUCACCAAGCUGCUUGCCUAUUGUCCUGUAGCCCAUCCCAGGCUUGUGCAGGUCUACAAUUUUAUCCCUGAUGUCCUUACACAGCUCUCUGGUCUUGGCCAUUGUGGAGAGGUUGGAGUCUGUUUGAUUGAGUGUGUGGACAGGUGUCUUUUAUACAGGUAACGAGUUCAAACAGGUGCAGUUAAUACAGUUAAUGAGUGGAGAACAGGAGGGCUUCUUAAAGAAAAACUAACAGGUCUGUGAGAGUCGGAAUUCUAAAAUUACAGACCUCUACAUGCUUUGUAAGUAGGAAAACCAUGUAUCGCGAGAUCUUGGCCAACAACCUCCUUCCCUCAGUAAGAGCAUUGAAGAUGGGUCGUGGCUGGGUCUUCCAGCAUGACAACGACCCGAAACACACAGCCAGGGCAACUAAGGAGUGGCUCCGUAAGAGCAUCUCAAGGUCCUGGAGUGGCCUAGCCAGUCUCCAGACCUGAACCCAAUAGAAAAUCUUUGGAGGGAACUGAAAGUCCGUAUUGCCCAGCGACAGCCCCAUAACCUGAAGGAUCUGGAGAAGGUCUGUAUGGAGUAGUGGGCCAAAAUCCCUCCUGCAGUGUGUGCAAACCUGGUCAAGACCUACAGGAAACGUAUGAUCUCUGUAAUUGCAAACAAAGGUUUCUGUACCAAAUAUUAAGUUCUGCUUUUCUGAUGUAUCAAAUACUUAUGUCAUGCAAUAAAAUGCAAAUGAAUUACUUAAAAAUCAUACAAUGUGAUUUUCUGGAUUUUUGUUUUAGAUUCUGUCUCUCACAGUUGAAGUGUACCUAUGAUAAAAAUUACAGACCUCUACAUGCUAUGUAAGUAGGAAAUCCUGCAAAAUCGGCAGUGUAUCAAAUACUUGUUCUCCCCACUGUAGGUCUGUAACAGUUUGGAUCUAGAGUGUCACCCCCUUUGAAGAGGGGGAUGACUGCGGCAGCUUUCCAAUCUCUGGGGAUCUCAGACGUUACGAAAGAGAGGUUGAACAGGCUAGUAAUAGGGGUUUCGACAAUUUCGGUGGCUAAUUUUAGAAAGAAAGGGUCCAGAUUGUCUAGCCCAGCUGAUUUGUAGGGGUCCAGAUUUUUCAGCUCUUUCAGAACAUCAGCUGUCUGAAUUUGUGUGAAGGAGAAGCGGGGGGGGCAUGGGCAAGUUGCAGCGGAGGGUGCAGAGCUGGUGGCCGGGGUAGUAGUAGCCAGGUGGAAAGCAUGGCCAGCCGUAGCAAAAUGCUUGUUUAAAUUCUCGAUUAUUGUAGAUUUAUCGGUGGUGACAGUGUUUCCUAGCCUCAGUGCAGUGGGCAGUUGGGAGGAGCUGCUCUUAUUUUCCAUGGACUUUACAGUGUCCCAAAACUUUUUGGAGUUAGUGCUACAGGAUGCACAUUUCUGUUUGAAAAAGCUAGCCUUUGCUUUCCUAACUGAUUGUGUAUAUUGGUUCCUGACUUCCCUAAAAAGUUGCAUAUCGCGGGGGCUGUUCAAUGCUAAUGCAGUACGCCACAGGAUGUUUUUGUGCUGGUCAAGGGCAGUCAAGUGUGAGGAGAACCAGAGGCUAUAUCUGUUCUUAGUUCUGAAUUUUUUGAAUGGGGCAUGCUUAUUUAAGAUUGAGAGGAAAGCACUUUUAAAGAACAACCAGGCAUCCGCUACUGACGGAAUGAGGUCAAUAUCCAUCCAGGAUACCCGGGCCAGGUCAAUUAGAAAGGCCUGCUCGCUGAAGGGUUUUAGGGACAGCGGAUGUGUAUUUAGAAAUCCUGCAAAAGCACCACUUUAAAUCUCGUGUUCACCAGAAAUGUUCUCAUAAGUUACUUGGAAAUGAGUAAUUAAGCAUGAAUAAGCAUAAAAAAUGACUUAUCGACUAAAGAAAUCUUAGUCGACUAAGACCAAAACGACCGAUUAGUCGACUAAUCGACUAAGAGGGGCAGCCCUACUGAACAUAUAUGUAUGACUGUAGAUAUGUACAAUGUGCUCUCAUUAAUUAACUAAAUAAAACUAGGGCUGCAUGUCAAAAUAAGAGAAAAUAAAUAAAAUGUGAAAAUUGUGCAUUUUCAAAAAAAGUGCUUAACUUCAGAAAAAUAAUAUAAAGGGAGGAAAAGUUUGAAUUUCCCCUUUUCUGUUUCACAUCUUGACUCAACAGUCUCAACCAAUUUUACAAAUAAUAAAUCUCAACAGAUCUUAACAAUUGAACAGUUUUAGAGUAUCACUUUCUUCCCCUCAUAUCCCACUCCACCAUGUUUUUGCUCAGUGAGAGAAUUGAGCUUUAGCCUGUCUUGCCAGAAUUUUAAACCUGGGCUUGAAUGGAGUCAGGGCCAUUCUCAUACACAUGUGAAGGUGCUCAUUGGUGAGCCUGGAACGAUAUUUAGUUUUAAUUAUGUUCAUUGUGGAGAAAGCUGCCUCGCAGUUGUAUGUGGAGCCAAACAUGGUCAAGAUGUAUAGGGCUACUUUCCUCAGACCCGGGAAAGCAGUCUCAGGGACCAUUUGGAACCAGAAAGUGGAAGGGUCAGUUCUUACAAACUGCUCUUUCAGGGCCACAUCUGCUUGGAGAUCAACCAAUUGCAUCUGGAGAGACCCAGCAUUUACCCAUUUAAAGUGCUGUGUGACUUCCUUUGAGAACCCCCUGACAUCUGUGAUCAGAAAUGGGUUCUGAAUGAACAUGGUGAGCUGCUCUCCAAAGCUGAAGCUGUCAAAACGGUUGCUGAAGUUUACAAUCAGCUUAUCAAUAAAAUCAACAAAAGAAGACAAAUCUCUCUGUCCCUGAACCUGUUCCUGCACUGCUGGGAAGUGUACACAGUCUCCCUGCAGGUCUUCCUUGAACACUUCAAGUUUCCUCUGAAAGGAGCGAACAGCUGUCAUCAGUUCACAAAUUGAAUUGUCCUUGCCCUGUAGCCUCAAAUUCAGUUCAUUCAGAUGUGACGUGAUGUCAACCAAAAAGGCCACAUUAUCCAUCCAUUUCUCAUUUUCUAAAAAGAGAGAAAACUGUGUUGCCUUCUGACUGCUUAGCUCUGCCAAAAAAGAUGCUAAUUCCCUCCUGAUGGACCAAAAGCGCUCUAGCACCCUGCCUUUGCUGAGCCAUCUCACAUUGUUGUGCAGCAAAAGAUCAUCAGCAUUGGCAUCAACUUCUCUGAGGAAUUCCCUAAGCAUGCGAUGCUGGUAGGAAGAGGAUGCCCUGAGAAAAUGUAUCAUUUUCAUCAUUGUAUUCAUCACCUCAGCAUGCUCAUCUGACAGGGAGGCACAGAGGACAGAUUGAUGAAUGAUGCAAUGGUAAGAUAAAAGCUCAGGAUUGUCCCCUUUCAGUCUUGCUACAGCUCCUUUUUCUUUCCCUAUCAUAGAAGGGGCUCCAUCUGUGGUUAUUGAAACCACUUGUUUUGGCUCUAUUCCUCUUUUUGUUAACAUCUCCUUAAUGGCCAGGUAGAUAUCCUCUCCUCUUGUACUGGUCUGAAGGGGAGUGACACCUAACAUGUCUUCACAGAAUGUUUUCUGGGCUGUGUUGAAAAACCUGGCAAACACUAACAGCUGAGCAUUGUCACAUAUGUCAGUGGACUCAUCCACAGCUAAGCCUACACAUGGUGCCUUAUGCAUGGCUUCAUCUAGCUGGGUUAGCACAUCCUGAGUUAAUAUUUCACUUUUCUUUGUGGCAGAUGAUGCUGACAUGGGAAUUUGCUUUAUUUUAUCACAAAGCUCAUUUUUUUGUUUUCCCUCAAGUAGUGUUUCAGCUACUGCACUCAUGCAUUCUUUGACAACCCCUCCAUCUGUAAAUGGCUUUUUGUGUUUACCCAAAAUCCAAGAAACUCUGAGGGAACACUCAAGAGCACGUUGUUGGGCAGUGAAUGUGUUGCUCAGGAUCCUGGUGGACUGGUCAUAUUGGGCUCUGUCAUUGUCCACUUUUCUUUUUUUGGAGAGUGCCAUUUGUUCCUUAUUUUCUCUAACUGUUACCCUUUUUCUGCCUCACUCGUCUGUUUCGCUCCCUUUCUCCGUCUCACUCAUAUUUUCGUCAACUUUCUCCGUCUCACUCGUAUUUUCCUCAGCUUUCUCCGGCACACUCGUCUGUAUCUCUCCCUUUCUCCGUCUCAUUCGUCUGUUUCUCACUCGUCUGUUUCGUUCCCUUUCUCCGUCUCAUUCGUCUGUUUUCGCUCCCUUUGUUUUCUACAUAUAUCGCUAUCUUUUUAAUCCGACUUUCUUUUCCUUGGUAACUUGCCUCUAAAACUCUCAUCUGUCUGCACUGUAGAGUCCCAAUGUUUACCGCCAGGAAUGCAAAGACUUCAUUGGCUGAGUGGUAUCACGUGGGAUCGCUUAACUCACAUGCAAUUGGUCGGUGAGUUUCCUCAUUCACAAAACGAGUACCGUAAAGACUACAAAAGCUGUGCAUAUUAAAAUAGAAGCGCCCCGUCAGGUUUUAAUUCAUAAUCUUUUGUUUUGGUCCGGGUCCGUAUGGGACGGCUUCUGGGUCCGGAUCCGGACCGCGGUCCGCCUGUUAGUGACCUAUGAUUUAGAGGGUACAUUUGUCAGGAUGAUAUCUAUGAGGGUGCCCAUGUUUACAGAUUUAGGGUUGUACCUGGUAGGUUCGUUGAUAAUUUGUGUGAGAUUGAGGGCAUCUAGUUUAGAUUGUAGGUUGGCCGGGGUGUUAAGCAUAUCCCAGUUUAGGUCACCAAGCAGUAUGAACUCUGAGGAUAGAUUGGGGGCAAUCAGUUCACAUAUGGUGUCCAGGGCACAGCUCGGGCUGAGGGGGGUCUGUAGCAAGCGGCAACAGUGAGAGAUUUAUUUCUGGAAAGGUUUAGAACAUAAUCUAUUAUACUGUUCCUUACUAAGGCACCAUGAUGCGUAUGUAGAAUAUAUACAGAUAAUUGUACGUUUCUAAAUGCAAUGUCUUAGUUCUCCCAAAAACGUGCAGGAAUUUACUGGCGAAGGAAGAAAGGUAGGGAAUCCCUUUCUCUAACUGUCCACAUCACAUCAGCUGAGGUGUUAUUGAAAGCAGCCUUUAAAAUGGAAUUUCCUUUGAAGAACAGAGUUUGGGUUGGAACCAUUGUUACAGGACAGCAUCUAUUAAAACAGAUCUUAUACAUAUUCUUGCCCCUAAACAGAAAUCGGUUGUCAAGUUUUAGUUUCUCAUUCUUUUGUUAUUCCCCGAGUCACACUGACUCUUCCAAUCUCUAACUCUAGAAAAAGGAUCUACACGCUGGGGAGCCCGGCCCACAGGCUCAAGGCCUCUCCUUACCCAUUGGUGAGAGGAGAUUUGCUAAGGUAGCCAUUUACUCUUGUGUGUGCGUGCGCGUGUGUGUGUGUGUGGGAGAUACUGUAGUGGGCGUAAACAAAAUGCUAGGUCACCAUGGCCAGGCUAACAUACCGACCAAGCCCUCUGUCAUUGCUCCAAGAGGCACUUUUACCUUGGCAUGACUUAAGGAGUGAUAUAUUAGUGGUUUACGUUCGUUUCCCAAUGUUGAUUGUGCAAGAUAAGAUUUGGUGUCCCACAGCAACUACUUUAGUUGACACUUGUGUAUGUUGGCUUGCUGUAGCUAACUUAACACCGUAUAUACCUGGAAAAAUGAAGCUAAGAAGAAUACUCUUCAAUAUAUUUUUUUAAAGUGACUCAAUGGCUUGUGAUUUGAAGAUGGGCAAGUUUGUGUUGUCUUCCUCCAGGACAAAUUAAGGGAUGAAAGACAGAAGGAAUACAACCUCUUCCUUAAAGGACGGUCAGGGCACAUAAGGAGUCCAUCUUCAAAUGCCUCUCAGGUAACAAUAGAUUAUGCACACCUUGAAUAUGAUGUAGGGCUUUUUUGUGAAAAUAUCUCUCGACUUAUUCAAUGUGUUUUUAAUGAGUUUACGUUUGAUUCUCCUGUUUAUUGUCUACAUUUGACUAAGAUUCUACAGCAUGUUGCCACAUUUUGAUCAUUUAACACAUCUCUUUCCUGAUUCACAGGUGCAGGCCCCGGAGACUGUGAGUCCAGCUGUACUUUAUUCUCCCCCAGCCAUCCCAGAGGCCCAGUAUAACACCCAGGUUAACCGUGGAGGCCUGCCUUGGGAAAGAAUCCCAGAGGCCCAGCAUAACACCCAACUUAACCAUGGAGGCCAGCCUUGGGAGCGACUCCCAUCCAGGAGGGACGCUGCAACCCUAACCGACAGGGGGACAGAGGGUCAGGCCCCACGAGGGCGGAGGCGCUGGGAGCUCCACAGACCAGAGGACUCCCUGGAGCGCUGGGAGAGAAGGAGGCCCAGGAGGAGAAGUAGGCGCAGGGAUGAGUACUACUCUGAGGAGGAAGAAGAGGAGUUUGAGUUCUUGGAGAGGGGGAGACCCAGACAGAGCCGAGAGCCAGAGUAUACUGGGAGAAGAGAGAGGAACAUAGUUUAUCACAGCCCUGACAGGUGCAUCACAGGAGAGUUGAUAAGAUCCAGCACUAUCCCAUCUACAAGCUAUGUUUUUUUUUCUAUCGGAAAACCACCUGCCGCUGUAAAGAAAUACCCUGAGUGUACAAAACAUUAUGAACACCUGCUCUUUCCAUGACAUAGACUGACCAGGUGAAUCCAGGUGAAAGCUAUGAUCCCUUAUUGAUGUCACUUGUUAAAUCCACUUCAUUCAGUGUAGAUGAAGGGGAGGAGACAGGUAAAAAAAAAAAAAAAUUAAGCCUUGAGACAAUUGAAACAUGGAUUGUGUAUGUGUGCCAUUUGAGGGUUGAAUUGGCAAGAAAAAAUAUUUAAGUGCCUUUGAACGGCGUAUGGUAGUAGGUGCCAGGAGCACCGGUUUGUGUCCAGAACUGUAAUGCUGCUGGGUUUUUCACAUUCAACUGUUUCCCGUGUGUUUAAAAAAUGGUCUACCACCCAAAGGAGAUCCAGACAACUUGACACAACUGUGGGAAGGAAGCACUGGGGGCAUCUCAAGGAAAGUGUUCUUAAUGUUUUGUACACUCUGUGUAAAUAUAUAAGGAUCAUUGUAAUCUUCCUGUUUAAAGGCCCAGUGCAGUCAAAUUGAAUAUUCCUGUGUUUUAUAUAUAUUCCCACACUAUGGGGUUGGAAUAAUAUUGUGACAUUGUGACAAUUAUGAGAAUGGCCUUUUAUUGUAAGAGCUGUUUGAAAAGACCACCUGAAAUGUCAGCCUGUUUUGGUGGGAUGGAGUUUUGGCCUGCCUAAUAACAUCACCAGGCUGUAAAUUAAUUAAUAGACCGAUAGGAAAGAGGGUUCCAAACCUCUCUGCCAAUAACAGCUAGUUUUCAGUUUUCCCCUCCACACUCAGACCACUCCCAGACAGUCUUAGCAAAAUUCUUCCUUGAGCAAUUGCUCUUUGCCAAAAAGCUAUUUUUCUUUCUUUUUGACCAUUUUUUAAUUGAAAAAAAAAUCACAGUAAGGUACUUAAUUUUUAUUCUGAAAUUAUUUGAUGGUGAGAUAAAAACAGCUGCAGUGGACCUUUUUUAAAAAUAGUAUUUUUUUUCUCCUAUGGCAGAGUUCUGCGGGAGAGGAGGGAGGUGGAGCCCCCUGUUGUCCAUGAAGAGGACUUCAGAGACCGGAUCAGAAAGACCCAGUCGGUGACACCAAAACCCAAGUACUGAGUGACCCACUGGAAUUAAACUCAUUAGAUUAGUCAGGGCCUUUUUCCUUAACUAAAAUUGAGGGAAAAUGUAUUAAAUGGCCACUAAGGUAAUCACUUUAGCUGAGUUGGCCACCACGUGUAUAAAACCUCUCUAUCGAUCUGUUCCUGUAUUGAUUGCGGAGGAAGACUACAAAGGAAGCAGAACUGUAAUGCACAAGAUUUAUAUUUAGUCCCGACUCCCCAGCUUGUUUCUUUAUUGCAUUUAUUGCAUAAAAUAUUUUGUUCUUCCGUUGGAUUUGAUUUUCAUACCAUUUCUGUGCUUCUAAAUAUAACCACUAUCAAUAAGCUGUGGAAGAAAGCAUUCCCUCUCACUACUAUUGAGGUUAGGGUUUUAGCCCCAGGCAGACACUCACUUCAAUUCCAUCAGUGGAGCUGCAUUGAUCUGACUGGUGAUGUGAUGGGUCUUUACUCUUAGUGUCUGGGUCACUGGGGAAAGAGAAGAUUGCAGUCAGACACUGGGAUCUGUUGUGGUAGUGUGUGAUGUGAGGUGCGGGUUGACUUGGGUGGGGCUGCAAGGAGUAUUGAUUGGUUAGGCCGUGUGUUUUAUGAGGUGGUUCAUUGAUUGGGUGAACUGAACUGCAGACGUUUACCUAGCUACUGUCUGUCUAUGUAACGGUGUAACUGUUCUCCAGUGCUGUGAUGCCAGCGUCCAUGAAGACCACCGAGAGAUCCAGGUCUGCAGCACACAAGGACAAGGCCGAGUUUUUCACGGGACUCAUGAUCGGUAGGAGCCACUCUCAUUUAAUGCAUGUUUAGCAUGUGUGUGUGUUCAGGUCUGAUCUUUAGAUACAGUUAGGCUAUAUCUAUAUACCGGUAGCUGUAACUAAUAACAUUAGAUGUGUAUUAUGUAUGUGGCUAUAUGAGAAAUGCGCAAUGUGAAUGAUGGGUAACGUGUAAUGUACAAUUUCUAUUUUGUAUACAGCUGUGUCUAAGAUAAUUUCCUCCUCUGGGACAUUAAAGUUAAUCCUGUCCUAGACAUGAACUAACUGAAACGUGAAACACAUUUUUUUUUUGGGGGGGGUGAACAUGAUUAUUAUGGGUAAAAAAAAAAUACUCCAGGCCAAACUUGAACAUCUAAAACGUAUCAAUUAUAAUGGACCUAUAUAUUUUCAAAUAACUGCCUUUUUUCUGACCCACAUUGAUUUUGACAAACAAAUCGGUCAAAAAGAAGUCUGUGCGGCCCUCCGUUGAAUUUUGAAAUCCCGAUGUGGCCCUCGAGCAAAGAAGUUUACCCAUCCCUGCUCAAACACAUGCUUGUUAAGUUGUAAGGCUAUUUGUUGUGUGUUGGGAUUUUUCUCAGGGGCAACAGAGGGGGAUGUGGCCACACAGAGGAGGAAGGACCGCUACAGACAGGAGCUACUGGAACAGAUGGCUGAGGGGCAGAGGAACAAAAAGAAGUGAGUUUAACACUGGGAGAUUUCAUGGUAUCUUUCACACCAAUAUGGGCCAAGUUAGUUGUCAGAUAGGACCUAUGUUGGGUUAUACACUGUGCUUUUUUAAUAUAUAUUUUUUUAGGGAGAAGGAUCUUGAGCUGAGGGUUGCUGCCACUGGGGCUAAUGAUCCAGAGAAACAGGUAAAAGGGUUGCGCAGGAAAGUUUUAGAUAGUUAAAUGAAUAAAAGCAUAUUUUUCGAGGAUGUAUUGCAUACAGCCUGUCCUUGAAAUGCAUACUGUAUGACAUUUGAGAGUAGGGUUAAUCAUAUGAAAGAGAAUGUAAGGUCAUGGCUAAACAAAUAUGCUGUGGUGGUAACAAUAUUGUAAGGAUGUGUACUCUUAACAUUUGCAGCAGUGCCAGAAUGUAAAUCAUGUAUUUCAAGCUUUGGAGGAACAAACAAAUAUGUCAUACCAAGAUGUUUGUUUGUUCACUAAUUACCAGUGACAAGUGUGACUUUUUACUUGGGAUUUUACGUUUUCAUAAAAGACUUGGCAUCAUAUCUGAAUUACUUUGUACUUUACCAUAGACAAUGACUAGAAACGUUCACCCUGAUGUGUUCCAUCAUUUCUGACCACCAUGAGUCACAGGGUCUCUUUCCACCUUUACUCCCAGCCUGACCGCAUUAAGCAGUUUGGGGCGGUGAACCGCGAAUAUGAGGGCCGGAGACGUGACGUCCCCUAUAGACCCGGAGUAGGCCUGGAUGCCCUGGGGACCAACUCUAGCCCCAGGCCCCGCCAGGAGAGGCCCGAGGCGGGCACAGAGGAGAGAGGUCCCCCUGGGAGGCCCCGUGUUGCCUUCCCCUCCCCUCCAAUGGACUACACUAACGUCCUGGGCCAACUAACAGGGGCAGGGGGGCCGCGGUUAGGGAUGGGGGCUGGAGCGGGAGCAGGGGCAGGCAUGGGGGUGCCUGGGGUCGCCCCUCUCAAUGAAGACUUCCACAGGAGCCUCUCUAGUACCCUGGGAGAGAUAAUCGCCCCAAGGUACAGUGAAACAAGAAGGGGUAACAAAAGUCAAUCUUUACUUGGUCAGUUGUUGUAUUUUUUGAAUGUGUAUACUAAAAUUGUGUGCGAUUGUGUGUUUGCCGCUUUUUCCAGAAUUGCUAGCUUACCUCCUCCAUUGCCGCCCACUCUAACUGAUGCCUACAGGACUCCAUAUGAUGAGGCCUAUUACUACUAUGGAGCAAGAAAUCCUCUGGACCCAAAUGUGCCCUACUGUUAGUAUCUCAGUUAACAGCUGGCCCAAAUAUACUGUACUAAGUGUUUUAGGAAAGAGGCCUCGUGACAGGAUGGGACCAUAAUCCUUUUCUCUCUUCUUAUUUUGUAAUAUUGUGCACUCAGAGGUUUAGGAUCUGUCUAUCCUUAAAAUGAGACAGAUUUAUUGCAGACAAUUGUGAUUCACUGUUAUUUAAUUCUCUUGGGAAUAUCUGGUGACUCCAUUGUCGGCGGUGACUCAUCCACCAAGCCUUAAAUACACCCCCUGGAGCUCUCAAUGGAGGGUCAUUACCAUUUUAUUAUGAAGCCACUAUAUCACCAGAUCAAGGGCCAACAGGGCUUGGCACGGUUUCCCAUAACGCUCAUAUGACCCGCUCAUGAUUUAUACUGCUCAUGGACAGACAGCUUAUUGGAAAUGAGUUCCACAGACUCCCAGUCCAGAUGUAUGUGAGCAACUGGAUCUAAUAUGCUCCACUUCUAGAUAAAUGCCUCCUAUUGUUCAAUAGCCAAUACUCACUAUACUUUAUGAAAUGGGAAAGUAUCCAUCCAGGGCAGUGGUGGCUGGUAGUACUUUAAAUGCGGAGGACGGGCUCAUAGUAAGGCUGGAACGGAAUGAAUGGAAUGGAACGGAAUGAAUGGAAUGGUCUCAAACACAUGGUUUCCAUGUGUUUGGUACCACUCCAUUCCAUUAAUUAUGAGCCAUCCUCCCCUCACCAGCCUCUUCUGAUCCAGGGCUGUGUGUGUGUGUGCCGGGUGCAAACGUGAGUGCUACAGCUCUGUGCCAAAACAUGGCAAUCUACUAACAUAACUUGAGAACACCCGUUGUAGCUGCCGUCGUUAAUGCAGUAAAGGUCUAACAAUGUUUUGGACACUUUUGGUGUGUGUUUGAUUGAUAUCCAACUGAUAAUGUGUUUUCCUAUCUUUCCCAUUAGAUGGACCUUGGGGAAGUGGAGGGCAGCCCAUGGUCUUCCCAAAUCUGCCUCCAGGAAUGAUGCCUCCACCUGGACAUCAAGGGGCCCGGUGGGUGUCCUUAGUACAGGACUUCCAUAACUUUCCACUUUGUCUAGAGACCUGCACACAAGUCACCCACUCACACACACACAAUCACACCAAUGUGUUUUCAUACAGCUCAUUGCUAAGUAACUCAACCUGGGGGCGGCAGGUAGCUUAGUGGGUAAGAGCGUUGUGCCAGUAACCGAAAGGUCGCUGGUUCUAAUCCCCAAGCUGACUAGGUGAAAAAUCUGUCGAUGUGCCCUUAAGCAAGGCACUUAACCCUAAUUGCUCCUGUAAGCUCUGGAAAAGAGCGUCUGCUAAAAUGUAAAAAUGUAAAUGUAACUUCAGUUUUGAGUUAUUUAAAGAACCAGAAGAGGGCACCCUAAGCAAGCAUUGAGAGCUGUGUGUAGGCAAAUGUCUCUGACAACUAGGGAUAUUUUGUUGAUAGGGUUACCCAUAAUGUUUAAAUGUCUUUCUCCAGAGGAGCCAAUCGGCAUGAUGUGGCCCCCCCUGGAGCUGUGCUGGGUGUCGGAGCUAUAGGAGAGAGGCCCAAGCAGUCCAAGGAGAGUGUGUUGAACUACCAGGAAGCACUGAGACAACAGGUAGGCUACACAUUGAAAAUGUAUUUAAACUUUGUUUAAACAAGGAAAACCCCAUUGACAUAAACAAUAUCACAGGACAUUAUGAUACAAUGAGACGUGUAUGUGUGAAAUACUCCGGGGGUCUCCAGCCAACCACACCUUUCAUACACCAUAAAUCACUCACACCUGGGCUUCAUUUUCUCCCCAGCUGUGGUAUGGAGGUGGGGUAAGUGUUAUGGAGGGGUGGGUUAGCCGUACUCUCAUUAGUGUGAUAAAAGACUGAGAGAAAAAUCUGUCCUCUCGUCCUUACCUCACCUUACUGACUCCCUCUCUCUAUCUCCUUCACUUCACCUCUUCUCUUCUCUUCUCUGCUGGUCAUAUCUGCUGGCCAUCUCUGUGGACUCACGACUGGCCAAGAUUGACUAAGCCCAGUUUUAGUGAAGGAUAAACCAUUAAAUAUUGAUCCAGUUUCUUAGUCAUCACAGCAUUAUUAUGUGCACCAAUAACUGCAUAUUUGGGAAAAGAUAAAUGUUUUGCUGUGUUGUGCGCUACUGAACACGACCCUGUGAGAGUGAAGGUGGAGGGCGGCUCAGUGAGAUGCUAACUCUGCUAGCUAUCAGCGUCAGACUGUUGUGUUUCCCUCUGCUGAUGCCAGAGGAACAGGAAACCAAUAAUUCAGAUUAGUGACAGACUGCAAUAUUUUGACAGGAAGAGAUCAGGCGAGAGUGGAGUCAGCACUUUUCCAAGGUAAAGGGAGUACAGCAGGAAUAUCACUAUUCAACCCUCUAUUGCUUUGAGAUGUAAAAUAGAGAGGUAUCCUUAACUUUCUGUUAGAAGAGAUUUCUAAACUUAAGUUACAAGAGCUUUGGAAUAGAGAAUGUUCUUAUAUCUCUCAAAUUAACUGACAUUUUUUAAAUGAAAUGUAAUGACCAGUACUUGAUGGCAUCUUUCCAACUCUGGCCACAGAUCCAGGAAAGAGAGGAGCGAAAAAGACAGGAGCGGGAGGAGAGGGAUCGCUAUGAUGCCAAGAUGGAGGCGGAGAUGAAGGCCUAUGACCCCUGGGGGAAGGGGGGAGGAGGGGCCCCUCUCAAAGACGACAGGGGAAACCUCAUCAGUAUGUCACCUUUGAUUUUAUACAUCAUAGUCAUUAGUCCUCAUUAGUUGUUCUGUCUUCACUGUUAGAUUUAGGUUUAUUCAUAUAUAUAUAUAUAUAUAUAUAUAUAUAUAUAUAUAUAUAUAUAUAUAUAUAUAUAUUGACUGUAAAACCAAAAUGAUAACUUCUCUGAAUUUGUCUAUGAAACCUUAGUUUUCAGUCACUUGAUUUAGUCUAAGCCUCCGGGUUAUUGCUCUGUCAACAUCUCUGUUAUCAUUGCAUUGGCCCUUGUGCGAGGAGGCACUUUAGCUGAAGCUGUGUCACCACUACAUUAAAAGUGUCUCUGUAGCUGAUAACGAUGCCUCCAUGCCUCCAGGUGAUCUGAACAGAAUGCACAGGACCAACAAGGAGGCAUAUGUGAACCCAGAGUCCAGGGACAGGAGAUGGCCACAGGGCUCUGUAGGCAGGAUUGGAGGAGGAGGGGGACCUACCCCCAGGGGAAUAUCAGGUAGCCCAACUCUCACAGGCACUCUGUAAAUGUCAGAGUUUUCACUUUCCUAGUCUUUUGUGUGUGAAUUGAUGAGUCACCCCUCUCCAUCCGUCCCUGCAGGUUUCUCCUUUGCCCAGACGUCUCAGUUUGCCCGAAGCAACGUGUUCAGUGAUCAGCCUACUCCAAAGCAGCUCCAGGAGCAGGACACAUACAAAGACUACCUGAAGCAGCAGGUACUUGGCCCUACAGCCCUCAGCCUACACCCAGGGAGAACACCCACCUCCACGGGCUCCUCUGGAGUAAUAACGGAACCAUGCUAUUGAUCUGUGGAUACUAUGGAUCAAACAAGACCCACAGAAAGGUUCUUGAUAGAUGUCUGUUGUUCAAAAGAGCCCGUCCAGGCUGUGCUCACAAACCACGGUCAGAGUGAUGAACAGUUUUGUUUGUUUUGUGAUGGACAGAUCGAGGAGAAGAGGAGGAAGGAGGCGAAGGAGAGGGACCGUGAAAGGAUGGAGGAGGAGAGGGAGGAGAAGAGGCUAGCAGAGCAGAGGGUUCUUAUCCAGCAGGAGUUUGAGGAGGAGCAGCAGGGGAAGAAACGGAAGGAGAUCGAGGUGAGGAGGAGGUUAUCAUUUUAUAUUAGAUACAUGAACACACAUUGGUUGAAGGAUGCAUUGUCCAAGUAUUGAAACUGGGCCCUGUCUUUUCCCCUGCUUUAGCAAAGUGCCAAGAAUGAAGAGCUGAUCCGCCAGGCUGAGGAGCGCCGUAAGGAGGCGGACAGGAAGAGCAGGGAGGAGGAAGAGCGUCAGAGCGAGACCCUGAGACAGCAGGUUGAGAGGGAAAGACAGGCGCGGAAGGCAGAGGUGUGUAACAUGUUCACAAGAUACUGGAUACUGGGGGCCUCCUGAGUGGCACAGUGGUCUAAGGCACUGCAUCGCAGUGCUAGCUGUGCCACUAGAGAUCCUGGUUCGAGUCCAGGCUCUGUCGCUGCCGGCCGCGACCGGGAGACCCAUGGGGCGGUGCACAAUUGGCCCAGCGUCGUCCAGGGUAGGGGAGGGUUUGGCCGGCAGGGAUGUCCUUGUCCCAUCGCGCACUAGCGACCCCUGUGGCGGGCCGGGCGCAGUGCACGCUGACUCGGUCGCAGUGCACGCUGACUCGGUCGCAGUGCACGCUGACUCUGUGUUUCCUCCGACACAUUGGUGCGGCUGGCUUCCGGGUUAAGCGGGCACUGUGUCAAGAAGCAGUGCUGCUCGGUUGGGUUGUGUUUCGGAGGACGCACGACUCUCGACCUUCGCCUUUCCCGUGUCCGUACGGGGGUUGCAGCGAUGGGACAAAGACUAACUACCAAUUGGAUACCACGAAAAAGAGGGGUAAAAUACCACAAAAAAACACUUGAUGUUGUAUUGAGCCGUCUGAAUGGGAGUUGUGCUUUGUCCUUUAUGCAGAGCCAGAGGGAUCCGUCACCACCUAUCCCAGCCCUGCAGAAGAGACUGGGGAAGCAGCACCUCACUCCCAGACCUCCCUCUGCUGUCAGCCAGCUCUCUUCUAGGGCCCUGUCCGUAAGUCACUUGGUCACCCUAACCCUAGCUUCAUGUACAGUGCCUUGCAAAAGUAUUCAUCCCCCUUGUCAUUUUUCCUAUUUUGUUGCAUUACAACCUGUAAUUUAAAUAGAUUUUUAUUUGGAUUUUUAUUUGGAUUUUUUAUUUGGUGAAGUGAAAUGAAAAAAAUAACUCUGGAGGAGCUCUCCAAACAGGUCAGGGACAAAGUUGUGGAGAAGUACAGAUCAGGGUUGGGUUAUAAAAAAAUAUCCGAAACUUUGAACAUCCCACGGAGCACCAUUAAAUCCAUUAUUAAAAAAUUGAAAGAAUAUGGCACCACAGCAAACCUGCCAAGAGAGGGCCGCCCACCAAAACUCACGGACCAGGCAAGGAGGGCAUUAAUCAGGCAACAAAGAGACCAAAGAUAACCCUGAAGGAUCUGCAAAGCUCCACAGCGGAGAUUAGAGUAUCUGUCCAUAGGACCACUUUAAGCCGUACACUCCACAGAGCUGGGCUUUACGGAAGAGUGGCCAGAAAAAAGCCAUUGCUUAAAGAAAAAAAUGCAUUUGGUGUUCGCCAAAAGGCAUGUGGAAGACUCCCCAAACAUAUCAAAGAAGGUACUCUGGUCAGAUGAGACUAAAAUGGAGCUUUUUGGCCAUCAAGGAAAACGCUAUGUCUGGCGCAAACCAACACCUCUCAUCACCCAGAGAACACCAUCCCCACAGUGAAGCAUGGUGGUGGCAGCAUCAUGCUGUGGGGAUGAUUUUUAUCGGCAGGGACUGGGAAACUGGUCAGAAUUGAAGGAAUGAUGGAUGGCAAUAAUACAGGGAAAUUCUUGAGGGAAACCUGUUUCAGUCUUCCAGAGAUUUGAGACUGGGACGGAGGUUCACCUUCCAGCAGGACAAUGACCCUAAGCAUACUGCUAAAGCAACACUCGAGUGGUUUAAGGGGCAACAUUUAAAUGUCUUGGAAUGGCCUAGUCAAAGCCCAGACCUCAAUCCAAUUGAGAAUCUGUGGUAUGACUUAAACCCAUCCAACUUGAAGGAGCUGGAGCAGUUUUACCUUGAAGAAUGGGCAAAAAUCCCAGUGGCUAGAUGUGCCACCUGUACCCCCGCACAUUGACUCGGUACCCCCUGUAUAUAGCCUCAUUAUUGUUAAUUUAUUGUGUUUUAUUUUUUAAUUUUUUGCUUUAGUUUAUUUAGUAAAUAUUUUCUUAACUCUAUUUUCUUCAAACUGCAUUGUUGGUUAAGGGCUUGUAAGUAAGCAUUUCACGGUAAGGUCUACACCCUGUUGUAUUCGGCGCAUGUGACAAAUAAGAUUUGAUUUGAUACGAUGUUGUUAGCUGAUAUGUAAAAUACCGAUCCAGGCUUUGUACGAUCUGGCAUGCUUCAGCAAAGUCUGGGCAGAGGCUUCAUGUCCACACCCCGGCUCAACCCUAACCCUUGCUUCAUGUCCACACCCCGGCUCAACCCUAACCCUAGCCGUAACCUUAACCCUAACCCCUGUAGAGACACACACACACACACACACACACACACAUACACUUACUCUCAUUGUUCCUUGUGUCCCCAGGAACGUUCUAUGUCUGCACCACACUCUCCACCUGUACCUGCCAGGAGAAACCAGCUCCGAGCCACAGGUUAGAUAGAGCAGGGUUUUCCAAACUCGGUCCUGGGGCCCCCCCUGGGUGCACGUUUUGGUUUUUGCCCUAGCACAACACAGCUGAUUUAAAAUAACCAAAGCUUGAUGAUGAGUUGGUUAUUUGAAUCAGCUGUGUAGUGCUAAGGCAAAAACCAAAACGUGCACCCAGGGGGGCCCCAGGACCGAGUUUGGGAAACCCUGAGAUAGACCACUCAAAGAAAUACUGGAGAAAAGACCUGACUUUACUGAUAUCUUCUCUCAUCACAUAAAACCCUUCUCUCAACUAUGUUUCUUUCCCUCUCUCCACGGUCUGUCUGUCUCUACCUGUCCAUCUCCCUGCCAGAGGACCAGCAGCAGGGUGUGAUCAGUGAGUUGUCCACGCUGCGGAGGCAGCUGCAGAGCGAACAGAGACGGCUGGAGGGGCAGCUGCUGCAGAGUAACAGAGAGGAGACAGACACACCCCUUUACACCAGGUAGGCAGGAUAGACGCACCCCUUUACACCAGGUAGGCAGGAUAGACACACCCCUUUACACCAGGUAGGCAGGACAGACACACCCCUUUACACCAGGUAGGCAGGACAGACACACCCCGUUUACACCAGGUAGGCAGGACAGACACACCCUUUACACCAGGUAGGCAGGACAGACACACCCCUUUACACCAGGUAGGCAGGACAGACACACCCCUUUACACCAGGUAGGCAGGACAGAUACACCCCUUUACACCAGGUAGGCAGGACAGACACACCCGUUUACACCAGGUAGGCAGGACAGACACACCCUUUACACCAGGUAGGCAGGACAGACACACCCUUUUACACCAGGUAGGCAGGACAGACACACCCGUUUACACCAGGUAGGCAGGACAGACACACCCGUUUACACCAGGUAGGCAGGACAGACACACCCGUUUACACCAGGACAGACACACCCCUUACAGUAACACCAGGGCCACAGUAGGUGACAACGUUGACAAACCUAAACCAUUUACCUUGAACAGUCUUGCCCUUAUUGCCCAGGCUAUGUUCAGGAGGAACAAACGUUUCAUGAAUGGUGAAUGCCCUUGGCUUCAAUAACAGAACUUUGCUCUGGUCACGCAUGGCUCUUCAAAGUGCUGCGUGUAUGCAAACACUAGUGCACCUUAAAAGCACUGGAGAAUACAUCUUUGAGCCUCUGCCAGUUAGAAGGCUUUCCUCAGGUCGUAUAAGCAGCCUAUGCUGAAUACCCCAUCAUGCCUGCUUCGGGUUUGAUAGAAGCACUUGAAAGUGUCGAACAUCCACAGGCCCAGGUGCUAUAGCUUUAUUCUGAUUCUGGAACAAUACACUGUAAUCCAUGUUUUAAAUUAAAAACCAGGACUUAUCAGAUACUUGUUUGUUCUGUAAGCUGUACUCUCGUCGGUGUAUGGUUGUAAACAAAACAUGCAUAUUUUAUAGUGGCGACUGUGGCGUGUUGAUGUUCCAUACUUGGUUGUGUUGUGCCCAGGCACAGAGGGCGCCCCCAUGGGGACGUGUUGGAGAUGGCACGCAUCAGAGCCCAGGGGUCAUCCAGAAGACCCAACUCUGGAACGGCUGCUGCAGCUGCCCAUGUCAACAUGCAGAACAUCAGGGAGUUCAACCAGCUCAAAUACAGAGGUAAGUCAAUGAUACACUCUUUAUACUAUAACUGGACAUGCAUCUUCUCCCUCUCACUUCUCAUUCUCUUAUUGAUGCCCUCCCCCAGAUCAAAUAUAGAGGUGAAUUGACAGCAUACAGUGCCUUCUGAAAGUAUUCAGACCCCUUCACUUUUUCCACAUUUUGUUACGUUACAGCCUUAUUCUAAAAUUGAUUAAAUUGUUUUGUUAUUCUCAUCAAUCUACACACAAUACCCCAUAAUGACAAAGCGAAAACAGGUUUUUUUAAAAUGUUUGCAAAUGUAUUACAAAUAAAAAACAGAAAUACCUUAUUUACAUAUGUAUUCAAACCCUUUACUAUGAGACUCGAAAUUGAGCUCAGGUGCAUCCUGUUUACAUUGAUUAUCCUUAAGAUGUUCCUACAACUUGAUUGGAGUCCACCUGUGGUAAAUUCAAUUGAUUGGACAUGAUUUGGAAAGGCACACACCUGUCUAUAUAAGGUCCCACGGAUGACAGUGCAUGUCAGAGCAAAAACCAAGCCAUGAGUUCAAAGGAAUUGUCUGUAGAGCUCCGAGAUAGGAUUGUGUCCAGGCACAGAUCUGGGGAAGGGUACCAAAACAUUCUGCAGCAUUGAAGGUCCCCAAGAACACAGUGGCCUCCAUCAUUCUUAAAUGGAAGAAGUUUGGAACCACCAAGACCCUUCCAAGAGCUGGCCGUCCGGCCAAACUGAGCAAUUGGGGGAGAAGGGCCUUGGUCAGGGAGAUGACCAAGAACCUGAUGGUCACUCUGACAGAGCUCCAGAGUUCCUCUGUGGAGAUGGGAGAACCCUCCAGAAGGACAACCAUCUCUGCAGCACUCCACCAAUCAGACCUUUAUUGUGGAGUGGCCAGACGGAAGCCACUCCUCAGUAAAAGGCACAUGACAGCCCGCUUGGAGUUCGCCAAAAGGCACCUAAAGGACUCUCAGACCAUGAGAAACAAGAUUCUCUGGUCUGAAACCAAGAUUGAACUAUUUGGCCUGAAUGCCAAGCGUCACAUCUGGAGGAAACCUGGCACCAUCCUUACGGUGAAGCAUGGUGGUGGCAGCAUCAUGCUGUGGGGAUGUUUUUCAGCGGCAGGGACUGGGAGACUAUUCAGGAUCGAGGGAAAGAUUAAUGGAGCAAAGUACAGAGAGAUCCUUGAUGAAAACCUUUAGAGGACAACGACCCUAAGCAACUCAAAGUGUCUUCGGGACUAGUCUCUGAAUGUCCUUGAGUGGUCCAGCCAGAGCCCGGACUUGAACCCGAUCGAACAUCUCUGAAAAGACCUGAAAAUAGCUGUGCAGCGACGCUCCCCAUCCAACCUGACAGAGUUUGAGAGGAUCUGCAGAGAAGAAUGGGAAAAACUCCCUAAAUACAGGUGUGUCAAGCUUGUAGCGUCAUACCCAAGAAAACUCAAGGAUGUAAUCACUGCCAAAGGUUCUUCAACAAAGUACUGAGUAAAUGGUCUGAAUACUUAUGUAAAUGUGAUUUUUUUCAGUUGUAAAUUUUUUAUAAAUUUGCAAAAAUAUCUUAACCUGUUUUUGCUUUGUCAUUAUGGGUUAUCGUGUGUAGAUUGAUGAGGCGGAAAAAACCCCCAAUUUGAAUCCAUUUUAGAAUAUGGCUGCAAUGUAACAAUGUGGAAAAAGUAAAUACACUGUACAUCCCAUGCAUUUAUAAGCCUAUACCCAAUGUUUCUAUAUGAAUAACUCUAUGAUCCAUUACCAAGGCUUAGUCCAUUCCUGCUGCUGCCCAUCUGCUCUGUAAAUUAACAGAUCUUUAAAAAAAAUUAUUGAGGGAUUCUGUGUUCUCUAGUUGCCAAGGUGACUGUCAUUGUGGAAUCCUGUUGUUUAUGGUCAGAGGAAUCCUUCUGCUAUGACGCUGUUGAUGGAGCUAAAUGAAACACACACCAUAAUGAACUACUCUGGCAUCAUGGCUCAACUAUUCUGCUUAGCUUGGCCGGAUGUGCAGCCCUCAUCAAGCCCUCGGUGCUCCGUCUCCUUUCCAUCACGCUAUGGCAUUACUCUCAUGAGGUCAUGGGGUGACUCAUCAUAAAAGCCAUCCAUCAGUAACGGACAGUUUGGAAGCAUAAACACAGAGGGAAUAGAACACAGGGCUGAAACAAAGGAAAUGGGCUUUGAAUGGAUUCCCAGUGCUGAGUUUAUUUGGGGGUCCAGAGAACACUUAAGACUCGCAAACAUUCACAAAUGUGCGUGUUAGGGCUUUGGCUCCUACGUUUCCUUUUUUCUAUCUAUGUACAACAACAACUGACUCUUCGCUAAGCUCUGUCCCACUCGGUUACUGUUGCAACCUCGGACAACCUUUCCCCAUUCCUCCAUCUAACCACUGGUGAAAUCCCCCCCCACAAUGAUCUCAAACUGUUUUUAAUACACAAUUAAAUUAAACACAGACUACCCCUUGCUAAUCAGGAGGUUUUCGGGUAUGUUGUGGUGGACUGAGUACAAUCGCUUCACGGGAACCUGGUAAAAUGAAUAUUGUAGUGUGGGUAGCCACUGGAAGGCUGAUGCCAAAGUUACUAACCACUUUUGGAGCUAACUAGUGCUCUCUCAAAUCGUAUCCUGAUGUCGACAGCAGGUGAGGGUUGUAUUCAUAACAUGGCUAACUUAGCUAGCUAGCUGAGCUAGCAAACAAUAUAACAAAAGUAUAAUUUCGGAUUCUAAAAAUACUCCAACAGUCUCUGCAUUUCAGGAAUCACAGUAGCAAGUACCACUGGUGCACUGUUACAUUAUUUAGCCAUUUAAACCAUUUGUUUUUGGAUUACCAUUCUCAGUUUUUUUGUAAUGCCCUCAAUGGCUUUCAUGUGUUUCAAACAUGAGUUUGUCCGAGGUGUUGGACUCGACGACAGUUGCUAUCCAUUGGAGCGCUGCGAUUGGUUGGCCAACAUUCUGGGGCAGGCUUAGCGAAGGGUCAGUUGGGUGUGCCUGUACAUUACAGGGCGAUGACAACAUUGUAUGCCUGUGUGUUAUGUAUACAGGGGCAGACUUAGCGAUUUGGAGGCCGCAGGCAGAGGCCAGUCUGAGCCCACCCCCCCAUAUUUGUUUUAUGGGAUUUGUAGUAAAGACGUAAUUUAACUGUACAAAUGUAUUACCUUUUAAUGUGCCAUGAACACAACCAGUCAUGAUGUUUUCAUCUGACUGUCAAACAAAUCAAUUCAAAAUGUAAGUUACCUUUGUAUGUUCAUCCAAAAUAAUUCCAGCAUCCAAACUGUGCAUCUACCAGUUUUGCUCCAAUUCGCAAGUGGCUGAAACUAUCUUACCAGAGAAAGCAUCCGAGCGAGCGAAACAGCGCCAAGCUGUCUUACAUGCCAUAAUAUUUUUAGCCAGACAGCAUCAGAUACAUGGGCUACACAUACAUGUCCUUUGCCUUGACGACAAUGGUAGAAUUAUCAGCAGCACUUACUGUAUCCUGUGUCUUUUCACUAAAGAAAUGUGUAUUGUAUCCCCCGUGAAGUUUACCGUGGAAUUACCCGUAUACCUUUUACAUGGAAAUGCCCUAUUCAUUUUUCAGCCUGGUCCCUUCAGACGAGUCCCGUGGCACUUGUGGGGGACGGAGAGCAAAGCAGAGAACACCAUUGUGUUCAUGUUCGCUACAGAUGUUUUCAGGAUGUCUCCUGGUCUGACAAACGCCACUGUAGCUCGCCAACCUUCCACCACAGAUGUGGAAGGUCGACAUUGGCGAAUGCGGUGGAUUUAGAUGCAGCUUAAACAGACCGAUUUGGGUGGGGAUUUGUUUUUAUGAUUUAUUUAUUUAUUAUGCCUCAAGUGGAGCAUGGUGGAUUUCUCCUUAUUUGUAUAAAAAUAUAAAAUAUGCCCAGCUCACGAGGCCCCUUGAUGUGAGGCCUGAUGCAAUUGCCUCCUCUGCCUAAUGGUAAGUCCGCCAGUGUGUGUGUGUAUACUCCAGUGAGUGGAAACACAUUGCUGUUGUGUGUGAGCAGAAAGUCUCUUGCCUCCAGUACUAUAGCUCACCAGAGGCCUACCUCAGAGCCGGCCUAUGUCUUCCUCUCCCUUUGCAGAGAAUGGGAUAAGGCAUGGGAAAUUGGGGUACAGUCAUGCUCAAGUAUGCUUGUCAUGUCUUGACACAACAAUUAUGUUCCUCAUAGUCCAUCUGCAGCUCACUGCUCAGUGUCUAGACUGCAGAGUAGCUGAGUCACCAUGGCACUGCCUCAGAGUAUACACUGAGUGUACAAAACAUUAGGAACACCUUCCUAAUAUUGAGUUGCACCCCCUUUUACCCUAAGAACAGCCUUGAUUCGUUGGAGCAUGCUGGCCCAUGUUGACUCCAAUGCUUUGCACAGUUGUGCCAAGUUGUAACUGUAAGUCGCUCUGGAUAAGCGCGUUUGCUAAAUGACUAAAAUGUAAGUGCUUUGGGUGGUGGACCAUUCUUGAUACACAUGGGAAACUGUUGAGUGUGAAAAACCUAGCAGCGUUGCAGUUCUUGAUACUCUCAAACCGGUGUGCCUGGCACCUACUACCAUACCCUGUUCAAAGGCAUUUAAAUCUUUUUUGUCUUGCCCAUUCACCCUCUGAAUGGCACACAUACAUACACAAUCCAUGUCUCAAUUGUCUCGAGGCUUAAAAAUCCUUCUUUAACCUGUCUCCUCCCCUUCAUCUACACUGAUUUGAAGUGAAUUUAUUGAACAAGUGACAUCAAUAAGGGAUCAUAGCUUUCACCUGGAUUCACCUGGUCAGUCUAUGUCAUGAAAAGACGUCCUAAAGUUCCUCAUGUUUUGCACACUCAGUGUAGAUGGAUGGAGGAGGGGAGGGGUUGACAAUAAAGGAUGUUUUCCACUAGAAUUAGGUCUAGAUGUCCCCCCGCCCCCCCAUAUAAGGUCAGUGUCGACUAUCAGUUUAAUCUUGGCCACAGCUGAGCUACUACUGUAAUACAGAGCUUCUCAUCAUAGUGGGCACUGGCCAGAGAGAGUCCGUCUGAUUGGCUGGUGUGGGAGGAAAUCCACUGUGAUAGGCUAAUCUGAAUCCACCAUUAGUGCUGCAUCAGUACACAUGACCACCGCUGCACUGCCUGACAUCUGUCGUGGUGAGGAUGUGGUAAUCCUGAAGGCAGUGACUAAGGUGUGUGUGUUUGUGUAUGCCCAUGUUUGUUAUAGACAGCGCAUCUCGUGAGGAGGUGCGUCACGUGUACCCCGACACCCCCAGUGAUGAACACAGUCUGGACAUCCAGCAGCAGGCUCUGCUCAGGGAGCAACAACGCAGGAUUAGGAUCAUGAGGAGAGGAGGAGAGUCAGGUCAGUCUCUCUCUCACACACAUACACACACACACACACACACACACUGUUCUUAUUGUGUGUCUCCCAUCCUGACAGACUACUUUGAGCCGUCUGUGGAGCGACAGCCUCAUCAUCAUCCUGUGAGUUCACUCUUGUUACAUAUGAUCCAGUUUCCUCUGGCCUCUCCUGGCUGGGGAAACUCAUCUGUCUGACUUGGUCCAACUUGAGGUUUUUAUAGGUGUCUGACUGGCUGUUAUUCUGUGUCUAUCUUGUCAGAGGGAGAAGCCAGGCCGAGACCACCAGAGAGUCUCUUUAUUGGAGUCAGAGAGUGCUUUUAUUGGUGAGCCUGCUGAUCAAACGGCCUGUUUCUGUAGAGGAGGUGUGGCCUGGUGUUGUCGGUGACCGAACAAAUAUUCUCCUGAGGAUGUGCCUACUGGAAAGGAAUGAAUAGUGAUACAUUGGGGUACAGUAUUACACUGAGGUGGAUAUGGGAUGAACACACACACACACACACUACACUGCAGCCAAUUGAGGGGAGGGGCAUUGGGCACGAUCUGGGUAGCUGCCAGUGCCAACACGGCACAUGCCAAGCCAAUGGGGCCACACAGCUAGUGCCAAUCCUGAGAGAGGGCAGAGAGCCUGUGCCAGCUGCAGGGUGGGGGUAGCAAGGCCGGACUGAGAAAGGAGGGCAGGGAAUGUGCUGCAGCUGCUAUACAGUGUUAACCCCUCCAAUAUUGCCCUCACUUCAUGUUUUUACCACUGCUGUAGCAUGUUCACUUUUAAAGGGACUUGGAAUAAUAGCAAUUCAGUCAUCCAACCUUGUUUGUUUGUAAAUGUGUUACUGUGCCGUGUCCUCAGAUUACCCCAAUGGUGAUGCAGGGUCCCCAUCCCCAGGGCAAGCCCAGGUUAACCUGAGGUCCAGACAGCCCUCAGCCCAGGAGAGGGAGAGCAGGAGGCCCGCGAGGAGAAGAGACUUUGAGGAUGUAAGAGUCUAUUCCAGAGGAGUCAAGGGCCUGUUGCUUCAGAAGAGUCCACAUCGCAUAAUUACAGUGCCACUUCAACAGCUCUUUAACCAGUCCAUUAAUGUCCUCCAUUUGAGAAAGGCCUUGGGGAAAGGAUUCUGAAGAUUCUAGUCAAGAUAAUACACAACCGUCCUUAUUUUCUAGGCCUUAGAAUUAGAAGAUAAGGGGAAAUGAACAAACAUUUUCUGGUGGGAAGGAACUUGCUGAAGUUGGGUAGUGCAGCAGCAGUUUUCCUCUUGUCAUGUCAGUCAUUGCAGACCUUCGAGAGCUACGAAAUUCAGAAAUGUCCAGUUGAUCAACUAGCCCAUGUUAGCUAACAUUUUUUAUCCCAUCGAUUUUGUUGAGUCACUCAGAUAUCACAUUAGCUUUAAAACUGCAAAGUGUUCUCUCCGCUAACAAGAGGGAUAUGAACAGUUUGUGUCAUGGACAAGUGCAUAUUCUCUCUGUGGUCUUUAUUAACCCGUUCUGCUGUACUGAGAGAUGUGAUGUUUCCAUGUUGUGGUCCAGGACAUGGUGACUCCCGGGGGUCAGAGGGAUGACGAGGGUAAACUGGACGCCCAGUCUCUAUUCUCUGUGACCAGCCUGAACAUUGAGGGGGUCAAGGACCGCAACCAGAGACGUAUCCGCAGACUGGAUGACCUCAACGACCACGACUGGAGAUCAGGUGAGAGCGACAGGGAGUGACCUUUGACCUCUGUGACAUCACCACUUUAUUAGUUUAGUUUAUUAGGAUCUCCAUUAGCUACUGCACAUGCAGCAGCUACUCUUCCUGGGGUCCACAUACAAAUACAUGACAAAGUACAGAACAGUUAUAGACAAGGACAUUCAAUUCUAAAUAAAAAAUUAAAUAAUAGUUAUAUAUUGGAAAGAUGACAAGAAACAACAAAAAUACUAUUUACACACUAGUCAUAUAUACAUAUUCAUAUUGUUAUAUAUAGUACAAUUAAAUUAGAUCUUUAGAAAGAGGAGAGGCGCUGUCAUACAUUAACCUUUAGUGGCAGAGCAUUCUAUGAUGGCAUGGCUAUAGAUCACAGGCGGCCGGUGGCACCUUAAUUGGGGAGGACGGGCUCAUAGUAAUGGCUGGAACGGAAUGAAUGCAAUGGUAUCGAACACAUCAAACACAGAUUCCAUGUGUUUGAUACCAUUCCAUUCACUCCAUUCCAGCCAUUAUUAUGAGCGUCCUCCCCUUAGCAGCCUCCUGUGCUCUAUAUAUAACUGAAUAGAGGUAGAGAGGACAAGGUUGUCCUCAGCCUUAACGCACCAAAAACUGCAAAUCAUUCACGGCUGCAACUUAAUAGAGGCCGUUGGUAGAUUGCUCUAUAAAAUAAAUUGCAUGAUAAAUGCAAAUCUAAGUAUCUCAUGUUAGGAUUGGGCUAUCAGGUGUCUGUCUGUGUGAAUGACAAGUCUCUCUGGUCUCCAGGAGGGCUGUCAGCCGAUGAAGGGGACCACCUCUCGCUGCGGUCCACCCCAUACCACCCGGACAGGCGUGUGUCUGUGGAGACUGUUGCCACGGAGCCCUGGCUGCGACCUGGCACAUCGGACACGCUGAAGCGGUUAGGGGCGGGUCAGAACCGGAGAGAGAGGCCAGUUACUAGAGACAUCUUGGACGGGACGCGCCCUCUACCUACCAUGGAUACCCUGUGA